GCCCCAAAUCGGUGCCCCGCCCCUCGGCCUUACGCGGACGCUGCUGAGUUUAGACUUGAAGAGCAGAAGCCGAGCGAACGACUGUCAGAUCCGUCAUGUCAGGUCAGACGCCAGGUGCUCCUGAUGUAACGCCUGGGGCCAGUGGGAACCGCAGGCUGCAGCAAACCCAGGCACAAGUGGAUGAGGUGGUGGAUAUCAUGCGGGUGAAUGUGGACAAAGUGCUGGAAAGAGACCAGAAACUGACCGAACUUGAUGACCGUGCUGAAGCUCUCCAGGCUGGAGCAUCCCAGUUUGAGGCCAGAGCUUCAAAACUGAAGAGGAAGUACUGGUGGAAGAACUGUAAGAUGUGGGCCAUUUUGAUUGCAGUGGCAGUCAUCCUCAUUGUCAUCAUCAUAAUCUGGACACAGGUGUGAAGACUUGUUCCUGAGGCAGCCAGGGAUGCCAGUGGACUGCACAGCUAUUGCAAUGAUAUCCAAGAUGUUGAGCCUUUUGCCUUAUCUGUUUUCUGAUUAAUAUGUCUGAUUUUGAAUGUGGACACCAGCUGACUUCCAUUUGUUAUCAAAGUAAUUUUUGUGAAAGUGUGUAUCAGGUCCUUCCAUGUAAGCAAAAAGCCUUCCUUAAGGUCUGUUAAGUGCAGUAUAGGCCAAGGGCAUGGUGGGAGUGGGGCAGGCCUUAAAGGAGGGGCAAGAGUAUUACUUAGACCUCCUGAAAAGAAUCUUGAAUAUAACAUGCCUCACAGAGACCCCAUGUCCAUGACGUGUCAGGUUAGUGCCACCAGUUUACCUAGUGCCUUGAGUAUUAUGUCAUUGUGUUACUUAUGUCCAAGUGUCUUUCUAUAGCAAAUGUGCCUUAGUAUGUCUACCAGUGUGCCUUUAUUGGUAUCCCUUGGUAAGUGGUCAAUGUCUUAACACAGUCGCUUUGGUCAUCAUUUGGCUCCUGCCUCAGAAAGAAUCUUUUGUGUGGGGAGGGAACUCAGUAUUCAUUUCUUCCAUUCUGCCUCCUGGCAUCAGAUUAGUAGGUCAUGUCAUCUCUGCCGUCCCGCAUUUCCCAUACCUGAUUAAAGAACCUUGGGGGUCCAACAUGUUUUUCAGCUGCUUGGCUGCAUCCACCAAUGGGACACGUUAGGCCUGCAGUAGAGGGCUCAGCAGUUCAGGCCUGGUGUGUCCUUUGGUUUGGAUGCUUAAUGUUAGGCCCUUCUUUCUCUGCUAUGCUUUGUAAGUGUUAUUUCAAUUGAUGUCAGAGUCACUUGGGAAACCAGUUUUAUUAAGCACAGUUGGCUUGGAAUUCUUCAUGUGUUUCCAAUUACGGGGUGAUGGUCCAGACUGAGUAAUGUGACCACUGCUGUGACUGUAAGACAUACCAAAGAGGAAUGAAGAGCAUCUUUAAUUAAUCAUGCUUAUACCCCAGAAGACAAAUGUGGAUGCCCAGAUUUGUGAUUGUGUACAAUCCUUUGCACUGCUGUGGCUCUUCAGCCCCUCUCUGUUUUGUCACACGGCCACACUUGGCAGUGGUCAGAAGAUGACUGCACUCAUUGUGUCUGGAGGAUUUGAUUUUAGUCAGUGUUUCUUGGUUAACUCAGUUUAGCACAUUAAAAAUGAAAAUUUUAAGUUGUUAUUACACUGUCUUGUUUUUCUGCACUUUUGAAAUUCGGCCCAGAGAAGGCAAAGCCUCUGAUCUCUGGAAACAGAACACUCCCAGAAAAUAUACUUGAAUGUUUGUCAGGGGGAGCUGGCCUGAUGGAAGAUGCCCCUUUGUGCCAUAUGCUUAUUUUCAAUCAAAUUAAAGUUUUUAUUUAAAGUGUU